CCGCACGUUUCUCAGCCGCGGAGACAAAGGUGGAGGCGGUGGCGGUUAAGAGGCCUGAGCGUUGAGCAUACAUUCUUGUAGAAGAAUGGAUUUGUUGACACUCAAGCAAUUUGCAGUGCUCCUCUGGAAAAAUUUUACCUUAAAGAGGAGGCAGUUCUUCAGUUUAAUUUUCGAAGUCCUUACAGCAUUGGUGUUUCCAGUGAUGCUUUUGCUAUUCCGUGCAAUUAUUAAGUUACCUGUUAAUGGACCUUACAAUUUUACUUCUCAACCCAUCAGUACUCUGCCUCCUUUCCUCCAAAAUCCUAGAGAAUGGAAAUUGAUUUACGUGCCUUCUAAAAUUGAUGUGGUAAAAGAGAUCACUGAGAAUGUGAAGAGGAAUCUAAACAUUGAUAUAAAAGUUCAAGGCUUUUCUUCGGAAUCUGAGUUUGAGGAGUAUGUUAAGUAUGACUAUGGAUCUUACAAAGUGCUGGCUGCCAUUGUUUUUGACUGUGACUUCAAAAACAGUGGUGAUCCUCUGCCACUUCAGGUAAAAUAUCAUCUGCGUUUUAUUAGGAUACAGAGGACUAUCUUGUGGCCAGACACAAUAGGCUGGAAAACAUCCUUCCUUUUUCCUAAUCAUCCCUUUCCAGGACCCAGGAACCCAGAUCAUAAUGAUGGAGGAAGCCCUGGGUACGUAAGAGAAGGGUUCCUGGCUGUACAGCAUGCCUUAGAUAAGGCCAUCAUGCUGUACCAUGACAGCAAUGCUAGACAGAAGCUGUUUGAUGGUAUCAGCAUCUUUGUACAGAGAUUUCCAUACCCAGCUUAUCCUCAUGACGGAUUGCUUUGGCUCACUGGUUCUUACCUCCCUUUGAUAUUUAUACUCAUGUUCUCUCCAACUGUACUUUCCAUCGUGCGAUCCAUUGUAUGGGAAAAAGAAAACAGAUUGAAGGAGUACCAGCUCACAAUUGGAAUUAGAAACUGGAUGCUCUGGGCUGCCUAUUUCUUCACAUUCUUUGUUUUUCAUAUCUUUAUUAUUGCCUUAAUAUGUAUGUUAUUCUUCACUAAGAUUAUCCGUGAGCCACUCUUCCGCUACAGUGACUAUAGUUUCAUCUUUUUCUUUCUUACGUGUUACGCCACCGCUUCGAUAUUCUUUGCCUUUAUGAUUAGCACAUUCUUCAGUAAAGGACCUUUGCCUCAAAGGAGGGGUUUGCUGAAGCAAGUGGGUCUCUUGCAUCUAAAAGAGGUCCAGUGCUUUGCCUUUGUAAGCAUCGGCCCACAGCCACAUCUUUUCCCCUGUCAUGGCUGUUCCGGCUCUAGUGCUGCCCUGUGGCAUGCCCGUUUGGCUGUUUCUGCUGGAAGCCUCAUAUAUUUUGCCAGUUUCUUCCCAUUUAAUUCCGUUGCUCAAAACUUUGGAGAAAUAACCCUCACCAGGAAGGUGGCUUCAUGUCUCAGCUCAAAUGUUGCAUUGGCCCUGGGGAUUAAACUUCUGGUCACGCUGGAAAUAAAGCGAAUUGGUGUUAAGUGGAAUAACCUUUGGACACCAGCCAGCCUUGACGAUAAUCUCGUCCUUGGCCAUAUGUCGGGAAUGCUUUUACUUGAUGCCUUCUUGUAUGGCCUUGCGACCUGGUAUAUAGAAAACGUCUUUCCAGGGAAGUAUGGCGUGCCCAAGCCAUGGUACUUUUUUCUUAUGCGCUCAUACUGGUUUGGCCAACCAAGAAUCAAAAGAAAAAAAAGAAAAGUGAAAGACGGUGAAGUAACUCAAAACAAGUAUUUUGAGCCUGAACCUACCAGUUUGGUGGCAGGUAUCCAGAUCAAGAAUUUGUACAAGGUAAAAAGUGUAUCCCACAAAGUGUCUCCUGUGGAAAUUGACCAUAUGCUGUCUACUUUUAACCUGCUAGAAAAGCGUGAUGCAUUUUCACAGUCACUGAGUGGAGGAAUGAAGCGUAAACUCUCCAUCAUUAUAGCACUUUCAGGGGGCUCCAAGGUAGUGAUACUUGACGAACCAUCAUCUGGCAUGGACCCAGUCUCAAGGAGGGCCACCUGGGAUCUCCUUCAGCAAUUUAAACACAAUCGUACCAUCUUACUGACCACCCACUACAUGGAUGAAGCUGACGUCCUGGGUGACCGAAUUGCCAUCAUGAUUAAUGGGACCCUGCGGUGCUGUGGCUCUUCAAUAUUCCUGAAACAAAUAUAUGGUGCUGGAUAUCACAUAGUCAUGGAGAGGGAACCACAUUGUGAUGUUGAUGAGGUCUCUGCAAUGAUUCAGUCUCAUAUUCCGGGUGCCGUUUUGGAAAACUGUUUUGGAGCAGAAUUAUCAUUUAUCCUACCCAAAGAGCAUACACACAGGUUUGAAGCUCUGUUUAACGAUCUGGAAACGAAUCAAAAAGAGCUGGGCAUUGCUAACUUUGGUGCUUCAAUCACUACCAUGGAAGAAGUCUUCCUAAAGGUUAAUAGGCUGGCAGAUUCCCAGAUGAAUGUUCGCCCUACCCAGUCUACUCCUCUGAAGAGCAAAAAAAUAAGACAAGACAUGAAGCAGAAUAAGAAUGUGUCCAGAAAUUGCAACAGACCAGUUUUUUCCAGAUUGAAUGAAAUUGCUAACAUUAAAUUUAAUACUGGGUUUCUACUAUACUGCCAGCAGUUUCAUUCCAUGUUUAUGAAGAGAGCACUGUUCACUUGGCGCAAUUGGAAGUUGUCAUUGCUACAGAUGUCAGUAAUUUUGUUUGUCACUACUUACCUCUUCUCAAGUCUAAACUUAGAUUCUGAGCCACCUGCCAGAGAAAUGGACUUGAGUCAAUAUGGUCGAACAAUUGUGCCUUACUCAAUUUCUGGGAAUUCUGAUCUGGCUCUGAACAUCGUAAAGAACCUUGAGAUUUUUCUAAAGCUUAAAAAUCAAGAACUUCGUAAAGUACAAGGUAAUGUAAAGAAUUACAUAUUGGAAAAUAAAGAGUGUCAUGACUUCUCCAUUAUUGCAUUUUCCAUUGAGGUUGUGAAAAACAAAACAGUAUUUACUCUUUUGUUCAAUAAUGAGGCAUACCAUUCAGCUGCAACAUCCCUGGCGGUGUUAGACAACAGUCUUUUUACGUCACUUUCUGGCCCCAAUGCUUCCAUUAAAGCCUCCAACAAGCCUCAACCUCUCUCGCUUUAUGGUACUAACGAACUGCCUACAAGUGGAUUAGAAAUUGUAUUAUGUUUGGCUUUUGGCAUGGCUCUUGUGGCCGGUAGCUUUUGCCUUCAGACAGUGACUGAGAGAACUAACAAGGCAAAGCACAUCCAGUUUGUGAGUGGAGUCUAUUUACUUACUUACUGGCUCUCUGCAUUGCUGUGGGAUCUCAUCUACUUCUUUGUUACCUGCUGCUUACUACUGGGAGUGUUCGUGUACUGCGGAGUGGAUGCUCUUGUUGCAGAUUACCACUUUCUGGACACCAUGAUGAUCUUCAUGCUGUACGGCUGGUCUGUCGUUCCUCUCAUGUAUCUCGGAAGCCUCCUGUUUUCUAGCAGUGCUGCAGCCUACAUCAAGCUCACCCUCUUUAACUACUUUUCAGCUGUUUUCAGUAUCAUCAUUCACGCCAUAAUUCAAUACUAUAGAAAGGACAUUCCUCAAUCCACAAGAACUUCCAUAGGUAAUGCAUUAAUGAUGCUUCCUGGUAACAACUUUGUAGUGAGUAUCAGCAGAUUCUUUGAUGACUAUCAGGUGAAAAAACUAUGUGCCAAGCAAUUGAAAAAUAUCUAUUUGGACUGUGGAAAAAAAUUUGUUAAGAACAAGAUCUACAGUUUUGGAGAACGCGGGAUUACCAAGUUUUUGAUUUCAUUGGCUGCCCAGGGCCUCAUUUAUCUGCUGUUGCUUUUGUGUCUGGAAAGUACAUUCUGGAACCUGAAAAACUUUGUCUAUCAUAAAAUUAUAUUUAACGUCUACAAGAAAUUCAUGAAAGGCACGAAGGCUACGGUGUCCACCCAAGUAACCAAGGAAUAUGAGGAUAAAGACGUAGAAGAUGAAAGGAAGAGAGUCCUGACACUGUUAACUAAUUUGAAGCGUGCCCCGCUACUUCUUAACGAACUUACAAAGAUUUAUUAUAAGUGUCCAGUUGUAAAGGCUGUAAGAAAUAUCUCCCUUUUAGUCCAAAAGUACGAGUGCUUUGGAUUACUUGGAUUAAAUGGAGCUGGAAAAACCACUACAUUCAAAAUGUUGACUGGAGAGGAGACCACAACCUCUGGAGUUGUGUUAAUUGAUGGCAUUAGCAUCACUGAAAAUAUCAGAAAGAUUAGGUCAAGAAUUGGCUAUUGUCCUCAAUCUGACCCCAUGCUGAACCACAUGACAGGUCGGGAAUUGCUGAUCAUGUAUGCCAGGCUGCGGGGGGUCCCUGAGCCAGAUAUUUACAUGUACGUGGAAAUUUUUUUGCAUUCAAUGCACCUGGAAACCCAUGCUGACAAGUACAUCUACACAUACAGUGGAGGAAACAAACGUAAACUGAAUACUGCUAUUGCCCUAAUGGGAAAGUCCUCAGUUGUCUUCCUGGAUGAGCCAUCUACUGGCAUGGACCCAGUAGCCAGGCGCCUGCUCUGGGACACAGUUACAUGGAUGUGUAAAACUGGCAAAGCUAUCAUCAUAACCUCUCACAGCAUGGAAGAAUGUGAGGCGCUUUGUACCAGGCUGGCCAUCAUGGUAAAGGGCCAGUUCAAGUGCCUGGGCAGCCCUCAGCACCUCAGAAACAAGUUUGGUAACGUAUAUAUUCUGACAGCAAAGAUUAAGAUUGAUGAAAAUGAAGAUAAACUAGCGGAGUUCAAAGAAUUCAUUGCAACAACUUUCCCAGGUAGUGUAUUAAAGCAGGAGAAUCAAAGGAUCCUUAACUACUACAUCCCCAGCAAGGACAAUACCUGGGGAAAGGUGUUUGGUAUUUUGGAGGAGGCCAAAGAGCAAUUCAAUUUAGAAGACUAUUCCAUCAGUCAGAUUACGCUGGAGCAAGUCUUCCUGAGCUUUGCUAACCUACAGUACACAGAAGAUGAUUAUUAACAAAAGGUGCCAUGAGAUUCAGUUCCAACUGUUAUGUCUUCCUUAGACUCCUCUACUACACCUGGAUACAUGGAGUGGCGUUCCUAUGUGUGUAUCUCAGUGUACAUAUGUUUAUGUAAUAAACAGUCCC